AUGCCUACAGAACUACCCACACAACUUCCAACCAAAAGCUCCACAGCCACUCCUACCAAACUGCCGACAUUGGAACCUACUGCUUCACCUGUUCAGCCCCCAAGUAGUCCUCCCACAAAUGCAUCAACAAGUCUUCCAUCUAAGAUGCCAACACACACACCAACGGCGCCACCCACACCACUUCCAACCAUGACCUCCACAUCAACUCCAACCAAACUGCCUACAUCAGCUUCUAGUGCGCCACCUUCCCACCCCCCAAGUGGAUCUCUCACAGAGGUACCAACCAAAUAUCCAACUGGGUUGCCCACAUUGACGCCAACAGAACCACCCACUAAACUUCCAACCAAAAGCCCCACAGCCACUCCUACCAAACAGCCAACAUUAGCUCCAACAGGAUCACCUACAGCCAUGCCAACAGAUUCACCCACUGAAAUCCCAACUAACAGCCCCACAGCCUCUCCAACCAAAAAUCCAACAUUAGCUCCAACUGUACCACCUACAGUCAUGCCAACAGAACCACCCACUAAACUUCCAACCAAACACCCCACAGCGUCUCCUACCAAAAAGCCAACCUUAGCUCCAACUGUACCACCCACCCUGCCCCCUAGUAGACCACCCACAAAGGUACCCACAAACUUUCCAACUAAGGUGCCCACAACCAUGCCAACACAACCACCCACUCACAUCCCAAGUAAAGCACCGACCGCCCUUCCUACUUCAGCACCAUCAUCCGCGUACUCUUGUUUUGCAUCCAGAUCUGAUCUUGUCUCUGCCAUUUCUGCUGACUGGACUAACAAUCUAGCUUUCCCAUACACAACGUAUGGGCCCAUCUCUGGCUGGUGCUUUGAACCAUCUGUGACUGAUUUUAGUGGAUUAUUUUCAUCUAUGACAUUGAAUGAAGACAUCAAUGGAUGGGAUGUGUCUAAUGUGGAAGAUGUGUCAUUUUUGUUCAAGUCAGCUACCUAUGCAGGAUCACUGGGGAACUGGGACGUUUCGAAAGUUACAUCCAUGCAGAGUAUGUUUGAGUCGACCAGUUCCUAUUCAGAAUCUCUGACUGCCUGGAACACAGCGAAAGUACAACGAAUGGACAGAAUGUUUGGCGACAACAAUGCCUUUAAUGGUGACGUCUCAACCUGGGAUGUUUCAUCUGUGGAGGACAUGUUUGCCAUGUUUACUGGACCCAGUGCCUUUGCAGGGGACAUCUCAGCAUGGAAUGUUGCUUCAGUAACUGACAUGGGGGUAAUGUUUGAAUGGAACUAUGUAUUCAACUCAGAUAUCUCUAAUUGGGAUGUUUCCAACGUUGUCAGGUUUGAUGAGAUGUUUGAUACCGCUACAUCUUUCAAUGUGGACAUCUCCAGCUGGGUUCCUGCAGCGGGGACCGAUUUCACGGAUAUGUUUCGAUAUGCAUCAAGCUUCAACAUGAAUCUGUGUAGCUGGGGCAGCAGCAUUCUCGACACAAAUGCCUGUGUGGACUUCAUGUUUGAUGAAUCUUCUUGUCAGUAUAACAGCGAUCCCAACCUUUUCUCAUCCCCAAAAGGUCCUUUCUGCUUUGCUUGCACUUGA